AUGACUGACUUACAUCUCCAUAACAAAGCAACUGCCGACUUAGAAAUAGCUAAAGAUAAAGAUAAGAUCUUUGCUCAGUUAGAACUCCAAGAUUUCGACUUACAUAUUACCUUAAAUGGCAAGAUUUCACGCUAUCUCCUUAGAAACAAGUACAUUAAACUCCAAUCCAACGAACAUCUGCUCAAGCGCGGAGUCCUUAUUGGUCAUUCAGUUGAUAGUGUUCUUUUUGUAGUUCGAAUUCUUCAAGGCCGAGAAGAUAGGAUUAUUGGACCCGUCUCUGAGUUUUGUCUUUUUGAUACCACUGUUGUUUACGUAUCUGGCCAUACAGUUUCAACUAUAGAUAUCUGUACAGCUGAGAAAAAGAGUGUGAUUGAAUGUGAUGAACCAAUUGAACAUGCUAAUAUUCUUAUCUGCCAGCAAACAUUAGUUGUUGUUUGUCAAAAGGUUCUACAUAGAUUAGAUCUCACCACUAAUCUUUACACUAAAGUUCGUUUGAAGAUAGACAUUAACGUUCAUUCAGCUUGUGUAGUUCCUUUUGAACAAUCUAAGCAUAUAACUGUUAGUUGUCUUAAAGGUAAUAUCUAUGUUUUUGAUGCCCGGAAAAUGGAGAUGAUUAAAAGCAUGAAGAGUUUUGGCCACUCUAUCUGUGCCAUUACUUUUUGGAAACCUACUCCUUCUGUUUUGUUUGUUCUUACUGAUAAUAAUGAACUCAUUGAUAUAGAUUAUCUUAAUAACCGUCUUCUUAAAAGAACAGUUCUUCUUGGUCCUAAAUACACGGCUUGUCAACCUCUUAAAAACGGCCAGGUUGUUUUAUUCUCAUCAACAAAUGUUCUUCUCUACUCACCUACAACUGGCACUCUUUCUCAUGUCUACACCUCUAAAAAUUCAUCAGCCACCACCCGAUCACCAGCCCAAAUCUACAUUAUUCCUGAUAUUUCCUCCCAUCUUACUCUAGAGCCUAAACCCACCCAUCCGCCUCCCCCUAUUCAUCCUAACCCCAAUCCCAACUCCAACUCCAACCAACCCACUCAUCACAACCCAAACCAUCACAAUCCAAGCCAUCACAAUCCUAUCAACAGCCAUCCUUACAUGCAUACGAUCAAUCCUACUUUAGCACCACCACCGCCCUAUGCCACGGCACCUCCUCCACAACAUCGACAGGGCUCUUUCCCCCAUGAUCCCCACCAAGCCACUAAAACCGGCGCGGAAAUAGAUCACCUGUACAAAUCAUUCGAAUCCUUCAAGGACUCCGUUUACAAAAUGCAAACUGAUGUACUUCGGGAAGUCUUCCUCUUGAAAAAGAAGCUCGAAGAGAUAGAAAAGACCCUGGCCAAAUAG